AUGCACCAAGGGGUGUUACCUGUCAACUCUCAUAUCCGUUCAAACGAACUCCCCGCAAAAGGAAAGAAAAAACAAUUUUAUAUUGAGUCCUGCUUGGGAGGAAAAAUAGCGACCGUUGCGGUUGCAGCCUCUUACAUUCUCGAUAUUAUUUCGGCGCUUGUCGUCACAAACUUCGUCACAAAACUUCACCCUGAGCUUGGAUGGAUGGAUUGGCAGCGAAUGAGCGGAGAAGGUGAGCAGCAUGAACCCCUAGCCCAAGACUGUUUGAAAAGGGGCGGCACGAAAAACCUUCAAAGCCGCCGACCGGUUAAGGGAGAGGUUAUCAGCGAGUAUUGUCGCAUAGCUAGUGGGCGGAAAAAGGAAGAAAAUUACUUUGGAACGAGCAAGCCAAAAGCAUUGCUGAUAGUAUAA